AUGGCGGCGAAACUCUGCAAGCUUUUUGUAGGAGGACUGAACGUGGAGACCACAGACGAUGGCCUCCAUAAGUACUUCGAGCAGUACGGGGCCCUCACCGACUGUGUUGUGGUUAUGAACCAGCAACUCGGACGGUCUCGCUGUUUCGGCUUCAUCACCUACUCGACUCCGGAGGAGGCCGACGCAGCAAUGGCGGCUAAGCCACAUGUCGUCGAAGGCAACAACGUGGAACUGAAAAGGGCCAUAGCGCGAGAAGAUGCAAACAACCCGGACAUCCUCGCUAACGUCAAGAAAAUCUUUGUCGGAGGCGUGAAAGACCACAUCGAGGCCGAUAACCUGACCGAGUACUUCUCACAGUUCGGGGUAGUGGAAAAGGCCGAAAUCAUCUCCGACAAGCAGACCGGCAGGAAGAGAGGCUUCGGCUUUGUCUUCUUUGAGGACACCGACUCUGCAACCAAAGCGGCGCUGACCAAAUACCACACCAUUAACGGGAACAAGGUGGAAGUGAAGAAAGCCCUCACUAAGCAGGAAAUGUCCACAGGCGGCCGCGGAGGGAGAGGACGAGGAAGGGGGAUGCAGAGCUAUGGCGGCGGGAGAGGAGGUGGCGGCUACGGAGGAGGCUACAGCGGGGGCUACGGGAGCAACUAUGGAGGUGGCUACGGCUACGGUGGCGGCUACAACGGCGGCGGAGGAGGCUACGGAGGUUACGGGGGAUACGACGAGUACGACAACCAACUGGGGGGCGGUUACAGCAACGGUGACUUUGGGGACGGCUAUGGACAGCAGCAGUCGAGUUACGGAGCAAUGAAGGGGGGCAACUAUUCCUACAGGAGCGGAGCGCCGUACAGAGGCGGGGGAGGAGGCGGGAGCUACGGCCGAGGCGGUGGCUUCAGCGGGGGCUACUAG